AUGUCCUCCUUCGAAUCAGUGGUCGUCAUCGACGGCAAAGGACACCUCCUCGGUCGUCUGGCCAGCACUGUCGCCAAGCAGCUGCUCAACGGUCAGAAGAUCGUCGUUGUGAGAUGUGAGGCCCUCAACAUCUCCGGCGAGUUCUUCCGCGCGAAGCUUUGGCCAACUUCUGGAGGAAAUGCACCACAAUUUGGGUAUCAGAAAGCUGACUCGAAAUUCCGCCGUACAGUCAAGUACCACGCCUACCUUCGCAAGAUGACUCGUUUCAACCCCACCCGUGGUGGUCCCUUCCACUUCCGCGCUCCUUCCCGUAUCCUCUACAAGGCCAUCCGCGGUAUGAUGCCCCACAAGACCGCCCGUGGUGCCGCCGCUCUGGAGCGCCUUAAGGUCUUCGAGGGUGUUCCCCCUCCCUACGACAAGAAGAAGCGUGUCGUUGUUCCCCAGGCUCUCCGUGUCCUGCGUCUCCGCCCCGGCCGCAAGUACUGCACCGUUGGCCGUCUCAGCCACGAGGUUGGCUGGAAGUACCAGGAUGUUGUUUCCAGACUCGAGGAGCGCAGAAAGGUCAAGAGCAAGGCUUACUACGAGCGCAAGAAGGCCGCUCGCCGUGUCCUUGCCAAGGCCGAGCAGGGAGCGAACGUGGACAGCAAGACCAAGACCCAGCUUGCUCAUUCAAAGUCUCGGCUGUCGGGCCUGCUUGGUCAUUUCACAGGUUCAACGCCGCCGUUUGAACACCGUGUUAAUACCCAUACGCUAUCCCCGACUUUCUUUCUUCCUCGUGCUGCUGCCAUUGAACCCAAUGCUGAGGCGAUCUACCAUGUAACCGCCAACAACAAGGUCCUUCGCAGGAGCUACAGCGAGACCGCAGAUCGAGCGAGGGGUAUGGCUUACUACCUCAAGAAACAUGGGUUCAACAGAGUGGGAAUACUCUGUCCGAAUACCCCAGCAUUCCUUGAGUCGAUUUUCGGAAUUGCCGCAGCUGGCGCUGUCAACAUUGCUGUUAACUAUCGUCUGAAGCAAGAAGACAUUGCUUAUAUUCUUGAUCAUGGUGGUGUAGAAGUUAUCAUCGUCGACGAGGAAUAUGUUCCACUUCUGGAGAACUAUCGAUCCAAACACCCCCACAUUCCUAUUAUCGUAGAUACUGACACUGAUGCAACGGAGGGUGAGCUGACAGGUCCCUUCGAUGAGGCUGUUUUGGAGGGCCUCCGGCACGACAUCGACACAGGUUCUCAGGGUUGGGAAGGACUCGAGAGUCAUGCUGCUGAUGAAGAGUCCACACUUGCGUUGGCAUAUACCAGUGGGACUACAGCCCGUCCCAAGGGCGUUGAGUACAGUCAUCGGGGCUGCUACCUGGCAACAUUGGGAAACGUCAUUGAAGCUGGUCUGAACUACCACCGCGGACGUGCCCGUUAUCUAUGGACGCUACCCAUGUUUCACGCUAUGGGCUGGACAUUUCCAUGGGCAGUCACAGCCGUUCGCGGAACCCAUUAUUGUCUACGCAAGAUAGACUACCCCGAAAUCUGGAGGUUGCUAAAAGAGGAGCACAUCACCCAUUUCAAUGCUGCACCGACUGUAAACACUUUGCUCUGCAACGCGAAAGAGGCAGAGAGACUGCCCAAGCCUGUCCGCGUCACGGUGGCAGCAAGCCCGCCAACCCCCCUUCUCUUCGAGCAAAUGACUGACCUAAACUUGCAUCCUGUACACACCUAUGGAAUGACGGAGACAUACGGCCCGAUCACCAAGGGCUACUAUUUGCCAGAAUGGGACGCGCUUCCUCUCAAGGAGAAAUACCAGAGGAUGGCCCGCCAAGGCCACGGCUUUAUUACAAGUCUCCCAGCUCGGGUCAUCAAGACCGAGGUGUCUGAAGGUACCAUCGCUGAUGUCCGGAAGGAUGGCCAGGAGAUUGGCGAGGUUGUUUUUGUUGGAAAUAUUUGUGCCCGAGGAUACUACAAGGACCCCGAGGCAACUCGAAAACUAUUUGCAGGAGGUGUUUUGCACUCCGGAGACUUGGCUGUCUGGCAUCCCGAUGGUACGAUUCAGAUUCUUGAUCGCGCGAAGGAUAUUAUCAUCAGUGGCGGUGAAAAUAUCUCCUCCGUUGCCCUUGAGUCCAUGCUAGUCAUGCAUCCUGACAUUUUGGAGGCUGGUGUUGUUUCGGUUCCUGACUCCCAUUGGGGCGAACGACCAAAAGCCUUUGUUACAGUGAAGGAGGGGAAAAGUCUAAAAGGCUCAGACUUGAUUGACUGGGCUCGAAAUAGUAGCGGGAUCAGCAAGUUUAUGAUUCCUCGAGAAGUGGAAGUGGUUACUGAACUACCCAAGACCAGCACUGGCAAAAUCCAGAAGAACAUCUUGCGUGGCUGGGUCAAGGAUCCGAGAAAAGCCUAG